GUCAGCGCCAGCGAAAUACCGCCAAUCGCAGAUUCUUCGCCAGUAAUGAUUGCGCGCUUGGAAGCAGAUGUCCAAUCCAACGCCGCCGCGCGCUGCUACGUGCAAAAGUGUAUCCCAUACCUCAGGCGGAUCCCGAAUCUAAAGACGUUCGUGUCGGAGUACACGCGGGCAAUGAUCACGCGGCGAUCCUAUGUGGAAUUGGACGGUGAGAUCACGGCCGUGAGUGGUAAAGAGGGCAACAGUCGUAUGGUGGAGAUAGCCAUGAGCGUCGCACCCCCCACCCUCGCAUUGCUACAUGCCGCCGUAUGGAAUACAAGCGAUGGUGCAAAGUAUGGCAAAAUGAUCGCUGACUGCCACGGCGACUUUGAACCGCUUCUUAAACUUCAUCGCCAAAGCUUUUCUGGCAAGAAGCUAUACCUGGAGACCUUGCAAGUGGCCGCGCAGCGGUAUCCGGACCGCUACAGUCGUGCGCUCAAAGAAGCCACCAAAGAGCAGAAAAAGGACGACAAAGAGAUGAGGAAGCUAGAAAGGGCUCGAGAGAAAAGCCGGAAAAAAGCAGAGUUGCAACGUCUUCGGCAUCCUUUACCAGCCAAUUAUCCUGAGAUGAUGAUCCUGAGUGAAAAUGCGACCAGGGCCCAUAACAAUGAACGGUUUCUUGUAUAUGGUAGCGGCCGCCCUGAGUGAGGGAAUCUCUCGCCAAAUUAGUGCUAUACAUCCUUCCUUUCGGCUAAAGAAGCAAUGAAUUCGAGCCAAAGGGAUGUCCAUCCGCUCAUAAGGGCCCCAUGGUUAUGGUGCAAGACGACUACCACACUACCGCCAUCGAAAGACUGAAAAGCGCAGGAUUCGAUCGAAGUAUUCCAAAUCGUGGUUUUCCUAUGUGGGACGAGUCACUGAUGCCAUGGGUGUCUGGCAGGGCACCUUACAUGGGCUAGUACCGUAUGGCGCCAAAUUCGGUGGUUCAUAAUAGCUAGUGUCGUCUAAUAUGUAGUGGGACCCUGUCUCACGUGCGAGUCAGG